GCUAACUACCUGAUUAUUAAUUUAAUUUAAGAAAAAGGAAAAAGGGGAUAUGCCCCAAACAUAAAUUUUCGAACGAAUUUCCAUUUUUCCAGUGUCGCCCACUUCGAUCUGCCACUGUUCUUUCUUUUUAUUAUUAUUAUUUUCUUGCAAACUUCUUCCCUUAAAUCGGUGGCAGCAGAUUUCCAUCUUGUCGAAACACCCAAAAGAGGAAAAGGAAAAUUGAGACAGAAAAUUAGACAAAAAUUGGGGGUUAAAUGUGAGCGAUGUCGAGACCUUGGCUACUCGUUUUUCUAGUGUUUUUAAUAGUGUUCACUUCACAGUUCGAAUGGAAGCAGCAAUUUGGCGAAGAAAUUGAGCCAACUCCCACCGUUUCUCUCAAAGACCAAUACGUUUCGAAACGCCAAGAAUCCGUCAAAGAAAAGAUCAUACUUUCUCAAGAAAGGAAUAUUCAGAAACUGAAUGAGCUAGUGAGAAGUCUUCGGGAACAGUUGCUACUGUGUAGGGCUGAAAAUGAGGUUAUCAAUGGCUCUGCAUUUGCUUUGACGGAACAUUUGACUGAGCUUGAGCAGCAGCCAAUGUUGGAUGACUAGUAUUGUUGGGUCACAUGCCAAAACAUCAAUACUGUUUGGUAUGUGCAAGUAGAUAAACCAUGAUUUCUUUCUUGCCCCUUUUUUUGUAGCUUCAUAAUGAUUAUUGUUUCAGUUGAUUUGCAAUGCAUGACAUGAAACUGUCUAUAUCUGAUUUGAUGGUUGAAGUUAAUGUUUGUUAUAAUCUUCUGCAAUAAAAUGUUCUAUCUC